AUGACCGUUGUGACUCAGUGUCAGCAGCUCUCUCUGUCCUGGGAUUGGCCGCUCAGCCUGUCUCCCCCCGCCUCCCCAUCAGGUGAGGAGGUCCAUUUCUAUGAGGGCCACCUGCUGAAGGUUCUGUUUGACCGGCUGGGACGCAUCCUGGAGCAGCCAUACGAGUUGAACCUGCAGCUGACGGCUGUUCUGUCCAGACUGUCGUCCUUCAGCCACCCUCUGCUGAACGAGUACCUGCUCAACCCCUACAUCCACCUGUCGCCCAGCUGCAGGUCGCUGUUCUCCGUCCUCAUCAGGGUGAGACAGGCAGACAGACAGGUGAUCCUGAAUCUGUCUGUCCGUCUCUUCACCUGUCUGUCUGUGUCCCUGUCUGUCUUCCAGGUGAUGGGCCAGUUGAUGCAGAGGAUCCAGCAGGUGUCCAACCUGUCAGACAGACUGUUGGACACCAGGAGACACCUGUUGGGACUGAAACAGGAAACCGGACGGGAACACCUGACGCUGCUCAGAGGAGUCGUCGUUCUCGAGGAGUUCUGCAAAGAACUCGCCGCCAUUGCCUUCGUCAAGCUGCCGCUGGACCAGGACCAACUCACCUGGACCAGUGCUGGGACUGACUCACCUGGACCAGGGCCCACUCACCUGGGUCACCUGGGUCUGGUACCUUUUUAAUGGACCUUAACAGUUCCACCUGGAUGGACUCCCGCCCUCCUGCAGGUGUGAACUGAGGACCUGAUUGAAGCCUUCGUGUUUGCCGGGCGCCGUCUCUCAGUGUCUGUUUUUUAUCCUCGUCUCCUGAAGAAGCAGCAGGAAGGUCAGAACACCUGAGAGCACCUGUGCACCAGGUGUUCUGUCACCAGGACGCUCUGAUCGGAUCUCUGCAGAGUUCUAAUCUGAUACCAUUUGAUCAAUAAGACAAACUUCAGUUCCUUCAAGUUAAAAUCAAUCCAGUGCGUUGGUUUUACAACUAAAUGUGUAACGUUCUGCAAACGUUCAGUGAAGAAAGAUGGAGGACAACUCCUGUACAGGU